GAGAAGUCAAUCGAUAUCAGGUAUCAAUCUUGCAAUAUGAUAGAAUGGCUAUUGGGUCGACAAGACUUAUAACGAAAAAUAGUUUUUUAAUCAUAUAUAAUUAAUUACCUUUUUUCCGAUGCAAUUGCUUGUCACUGAUUAUCAAGUGUCGAUAAUCACGUACCUAAGUAUGUACACAUGCCCGUGUUGUUAAUGUUCUUAUAAAAAUUGUAGUACUGAGUAGCUAAAUUUCUCCACGAUGAGACUCAUAAUUAUUUUAUACAAAUGGGUAAAAAAUUACAAGUGUUCUUAUUGUUGCAAUUGGCCAUAAUGACCAUACUUGCGUCUGUUGUUUUUGAAGAUUGUGGAUCUGUUUACGAACUUUAUGCAGUCAAUAUCGCAGGAUGUGGUUCUCGUUUGCCUUGUUACAUCACCUUAGGUGAAGAUGUUUUGGUCCGAUUGGAAUUUCAUGCCGAUUUUUUAUCAAGGAAGUUAGACCAGGACGUGGUUAUAAAAAUAAAUCAUAUUAAUUUAAAAACUCCUGUAACACCAGAAUUAUGUGAAAUCGUCGAUUGUCCUGUUAGCACGAAAUACGUGACAUCAUUCACCAGCAUAAUGACAGUACCGACGAACAUGGCCUUGAAUCAACGUGGUUAUCUGCGAUGGAGGAUUUAUAAUGAAAAUGAAGUAUUGGUUUUGUGCUAUUCCGUUUUAGUGCAAACGCAAAGUCCAAUACAAAAGUUUCUUUUUCAAAAAUAGACUAUAAUAUUGGUCCUGAAUAUAGAAAAAUUAAUUAACUGCAAA